AUGUCUCACAUCAAGCAGUCUGGUCAGACGGCCUUAAGACAGCCGGUCGCCAAGUCGUCGCAGCUGACGACACGAUCUCAAAAGCCUGACCUGAAUUUGCCUCAGUAUGGACGUCCUCAGAAGGGUGAUGUACACAGAGUCCUUCAGCCCUUAUCGAUGCGUAACGAUGCUAAGCAUAGUGAAAAUGCAAGAGCUCACCAGAAAGUUGCAGUCACCGCCCUAGCCCCAGAGUCGACUAACAUCCUCAAACGCUCUCUCUCCAAGCUACGGAUCAAGGAUGCCACCUCACCUGAUCGGCGAAAGACCGCACAAGCCAAGCGGCAACCUUUGGUGCCCGCUUCCAAGAUUCCGCAAGCAGCCCCUCCUCCAACAUCGACACGCGUAUUGGGUGCUCGUUCCGAUCAAUCGGCUUUUGUCUUGCACAAAGUUGCCACAUCCGAGACGAAAGAGAAUGACGGCUUUCGACAGACAAAGGCUCAACAUGCAGUCCACAAAGAGAGGAGUGGACUUAAGCCUAUCGGAUAUCCCACCAACCAUCAGCGAAGCCCGACUGCCGACGUAAAGUCAGCAGAAGUCAGAAAAAAAGCCAUGCAGCUUGGCAUCUUCAAGAUCAGCGAAGCCGACUUGAAGGAGCGCUAUCAAUUCCUCAACGAAAUCGGCGCUGGCGAAUGGGGUAGUGUCUGGGAUGUGGAAGCCCUUCGACCCCUCGAACAUCUGCCUUCUUCCGCGUAUCGCUCUCUUCAGGUCGCUAAACUCACAGGCUCUAACACCUACACGAUCGACAACACGCCCAACUUUCGCCCCCUUGCCGUCAAACUCUGCAAACGAGAGACAAAGUAUUCGUCAGCAGCCCGAACUCAGCGUCUCUGGAACGAGUUCAAAAUCCUACGCAUGUUGAUGGACCAGCUCCCUCGCUCUGAAAAGGUCAACGCUGACAGUCCUAACGGCCGUGUGCGAAACAAUCGUACCGGAUGGCAUCCGAACGUUGUCAACUUCUACGAAUUCCUCCUCACACCCACCUUGGCCAUGCUCGUCAUGCCCAAAUUCGACGAGCCGAUGAAGGUCUGUCUGGGUGAGACCCUGUGCCUCAACUUCUUUGAGCAGCUCCUCUCGGCCCUUCACUGGCUGCACGAGCAUCAUGUCUGCCACAACGAUAUCAAGGUCGACAAUCUUGGCGUCACCUAUGACACCUCGGGACUUGGACGAGACGUGGUCACCCUCUUUGAUUUCGGUUUCGCCCAUCGAUACGAUCCUCUCAAGAAAGACGCCUUCAUGUCUAGAGAUGUGUGGGGCACACCCGAGUAUCUCUCACCCGAGCGAUGUCGCGCAACGUUGCACGAUGAGAGAAAGGCUGACAUGUGGGCGCUGGGUAUCACGUUCUUCGAGAUGCUCACUGGCCGAACUCCUUUCGAGCAUCACGAUGAAAAGUUCGACAGCAGCGAAAAAUUUGAGGUCUACUACACACGUGCCGAACGUGGUACUUGGCUUGGAGAGUGGGACCUGUCAGCUGAUAUGGAGAAUCUCAUCCGCAAAAUGCUUCGCCAUGAUCCUCAGGAGCGAGUAAAUGCUGCUGGGGCUCUUCUUGAUCCACUAUUUGACCCUCAAAAUGGAAGGCAGCGCGAUUCGUUCGACGACUUUCUUCAGAUCUCUUACGAAGAUGCACACAGACAUUGCACUCUGGAAGAAGCACAACCCGAGAAAUUUGCCAACGUGCUGCAGCCACAGCCGGAGCUUGACGAUAGCGACUCCUUGUUUGAAGACCUCGUCCAACAAGAAAAUCACACCAUUAUCGAGCACAAUACCGGUGAGAGCGAGCACGAGGAUCUCCUUGCUUCACCCGGCAUCUCACGCGCUGCGGUUGCCACGCGUUGCUCACGGGUCCCACCCUCUCCGUCUCUCUCGCAGGUUGGUAUGGACUCUCGUCUCACCGACCUCAUGUGCAUGAGCCCACCUUGGAGAGGUCCACAGCCGCCACGUGAAGGCACGCCCAUCCCAUCUGCUAGACGAAACCUUACUCUACCCGACAACUUGGUAGAAGAGCUCGAAAAAGGGCAAGAUGAAAGCGAUAGUUCGGUGAGCAAUCACUCUCCCGUCGCCAUCACCAAGGCUUCCCGCACCAGUGUUUCCAGGCCGGUAAAGAUCGUAUCACCGACCAAGCAGUCGCCAUUUCGACUUCGCUUGGGACAACAGCUGCAGGCAUUUCAAACCAGGCGUCCAAAUGGUGAGCAGAUGGCGUCGACACCUGUCUCUGCCGAUGCUGUAGUUGAGCAAAAGCCUGUCGCUGCUGCCUUGUGCCCAACAUCUUUGCCUCCUGUGAAUCAGGAGAAGCCCAGGUUGAUGUCGCUUCGCACCGAGCUCGGCUCUCGUGGCAACGUGGUAGCGUCGCUCGCCAAGAAGUUCGAUGCGACCAACUUCCUUGCGCGACCACCUCCGCACGUCCCUGUCUUGACGGCAGGCAACGGUCUUGGGCUGACCAUUCCCGGUGCACCUCUGGCAAAGACCGGUCCCAGUCACCGAAGAUCCAAGUCGAACACGCUGGCAUGUUCAAAGCAGCACAGAGUUGCUAGACACUCUGUCCGCCGAUCUACUGGCUCUUUUGUUCCUUCACCCGAAGAAGCGCUGCCUCGAUGUGCUCGCCGACUUUUCGGUCCCGACGAGCCAGUACUGCAACAGACUGCUGAAGCUGACAACAUCACUGAUGUUGGCUCUGCUCAGUCAGACACAAAGGGUGCUGGCGGACGUGUUGUUCACGAGCCCGGCAUUAAAUCCAACGGAGCGCGCACACCGGCGCUCCACGCCGUCCUUGCGGGUGAUCAAAACCGUUGCGUCAACACCAGCUUGGUGAAUCGCGACACACCACACACCACCUCUUGCAACUCUCCAACCACCCCAGCCGUCGGCGAAGAGGUAAUCUUCAAGAAGCUCAAGAAAAUGGCCAGCCUGGCUGGUCUGCUGAGCAGGAUGAUCGACGAAACGAAAUCCACGAUUCUCAGUCCGGAGAAGUCAGCCGUGAAGACACCUCUUGCAAAGAGAGGUUCUAACUCGACCGACAGUACGUCUGACCUAGAAAUCUCACCGGGAUUGUUACAUACGCCAGAGGUGGUCGAUGGACGUACGAACAAGGCGGAACUUGACGAGGAAGAUGCAGGGAAUGUAUCGUUGGUCUCGGCCGCAUUUUCGUUAGAUCUUAGCGGAAGUGCGAGACGCAGCUCGCCAGGUGUGUCUGGACGUGAAGAAACAGGCGAAAAGGCUUGCCAGGAGGAAGAGGGUGAGCAGGUGUCUAUUCAAGGUCGCCACACGAGCGUGAAAUCCUCUGGCGCAGCUUCCGAUCGAGCACUAUCGAUGACACCUAGUGCAGCACAGGUGGAAACCAUGUAUUCAUCGUUCUUGCUCAGUCAGCAUGUCUGCAAGUCAGGCUCGGGCUUCCUGUCCCCAGCACAACCGGCGUCCGGUUCCACUGCAUCUAUCGCCGCAUCUUCAGUGAAAACCAAACAUCGCUCGCUGGCAGCUCUCUUUUCGCCUAGCACAAGCAACGUCGCUGCACUGCAGAAUCUGUUACUCGACGCAGGUGUUUCGCCCGGUACGCACGCGACCAAUGGCGGUGUGGUAGACCGCCAAAGGAGCGUUGCUAAAAGCGGAAAGCUCACCCGACUUUUUCGCAAGCAAUCCUAG